AUGGCUCCCAGGACGUCUGGCACAAAAAUCAUCAUCAAACCUCGGCGUGCAAGAGCGGGCCCGUCGCGCAUAGUAGAACCUCCCCCAGAAGAGGAAGAGGUUGUGAUAACCGACGUGGAAGACCAGGACGAGGUAGAGGAAUCCGCGGAUGAAGCGAGCACCAUUACGCAGACUCCUAGGCCGGAGGAAGAGGAAGGGACGGACGCUGGCUCACCUGAAAAUGAAGAUGCGGACAGUAACGACGGCGGAAGCGUGGAGGGUGACGAAGACGUCGAGGAGGGUGGAACACCUGCAAGGCGGGUAAGAGGUCGUGGGCGGGGGCGAGGGCGCGGGUCGGCCUCGGGGACGUCGACACCCAGAGGCAGAGGCAGAGGGCGAGGCAGGCCAAAAAUGCGGGGACGAGGAACCAUCACAAUCAAGCUACCAAGACGAACAGGAGAGGAGGGCCCGCAUGAAGAACUGGAGCCUGUUAUCGAAGAGGCUCCGCCAGAAGCCUCAGAAGAAGGCCCGACUGGGGGCGGAAAGCCUUUCCGCCGAAUACAGGGGAAAGUAUAUAUCCUCGAGAAUGACGAGUAUGUUACGGAUGACGACCCCAAGGGCGACGCCAAGAUCGAUUCUCAAGGUAACCUUCUUGGUGGCCGCAAGUUUAAAGCGCAAACAUUUGCGAUACCCAACCGACAUCCUGAGCGGAAAUACAUGCUGGCCAUUGACGCAGCCCGCACGUCCGGCUUCCGCGAUUCUUUGUACUACUUUCGGCGAAAUCCCCUUGCAAUGAAGCUCAUUGCGACACAAGCGGAGAAAGAGUAUCUUAUCGAGGCCGGCAAACUAGGUUCGCACCUACGGACUCGUAGUGUCACACUCAUUACGGCACGAAGUGCAUACAAGCUGCACGGAUCCAAAAUGAUACUUGAUGGAAAAUGGGUUGUGGAUGACUAUUUUGAGGAUAAGGCAACCGAGGAGGCCGCGUCAAAAGGGCUGAAACCUGGAGACCCUGUCGGUGAAUUUCAAGAAACUAGUGCCCUUGCCGCUGAGGCCGCUGCACUAGGACCUGGUGCCAGUAUGCAAGCAAACAAGGCAGACAGAGGAGGCAGUGGUCUGGGAAUGUACCGCGCAGGAGGCCCAACAACCAUUUUUGGUGGUUCAGGCUGGGGGCCGUACAGCGACGGACCACUGAAUGCAGUACGCAAGUCGAUGCUCAAUCGCGAUGGUCUGAACGAGGAGAACUGGAUGCUCAUUGCAGCCCAGCGGACCGUGGAUGCAAGUGCCGAAUGGGCGCAGCUGAGGGGCAAGGCAUUGAAAGUGUGUGGCGGCAUUCUUGAUGAUGCGAAGGCUGCCAGUGGUGUUGAGAGAGGCGAGACAGAUGAAGCUCGGGGGACUAAACGAUCAACGGAGGAAGGUGUUUUAGAGAAGGGCAAGCGACGUCGGACGUUGAACCAUGGUGGCGAGCUUCCUCUCGGUAUAUAUGAACCGCACUCCGGCAUCGUCUUAUAUCGCUCUGACACGCAACCGACGCGUGCUCGAUGGGAGACCGUGCCAGAUGACCAAAAUCGCAGACAAGUGAUAGGAGGAGCCAAGGUUGGGGGUGGUGCAUGGGCGUUGGCGUGGAUCGAUUCAGUGAUGGAACUCUCUACGGAAGAGGACAUUGACCCCCAUGCAAUGGCGCGAGCAACAACCCUGCAACAACUUGAGCUCGGGACUGGAUCAUAG